AAGACAUUGGGAUAACAGAAAAAUAAUAUUAAAUUGUUGAGACAACUGUAACCUUUUAUGUAUAGCAUACUUCUGUCUCAACUUUCUACAGAAAAACAGAAAGCAUUGAUCAGAUAUUGGCUUCAAGAACGAAAAGAUGAAGUUACUUACUUGGAUGCAUCGUAAGUUUCGACAAGGUAAUGGUGAGACAAUGAAGGAAUUUCCCAUUGGUGGAAAUUCCUGUCUUACAGGGCAACCAUUGCUUGAUGACUCUACCUUAUACCAAAAACAAAACCAAGGAAAACAUCAACGAACAUCAUUUACGAGCAUAGAAACAUUAAAGUACAUAGAAUUCGAAAGAAAAACAUCAUCAGCCGAUGAGUAUCCUGAGUACUUUAAAGGGUUCCUUGCAAUCGGAACCCUUGGGAUGACAGAUGCUGUCAUCUCGGAGCCAGAGACACCAACAUUCGCAAUGUCGUUAGAGAAGUUGACUGAUGCGGAGGCAGAAGUGUCGGAGAAUGAAUUAAGGCUAAUCAACGACGAGUUAGAAAGGGUGCUCGCGGCUGAAGCUAAAGAUGAUGGUUGGACUGAUUCGUCAGGCAGAAACAGUCAUGUUAGCAAUGGGAGAAUUAGUCAUGCUAGCAGCAUAACACUGAGUGGCACGGGCAGGCCACUCGAAAUUCCUGAGUGCACGGUUAUGACAGCAAGUAAUUUGAUGUACUGUCCUUUACAAGAGUAUCUGUUGGGAUCAGCAGUAGAAUUGCCGGAGAAAUCAGCAGUGUCAGUACCGACAAAAGAGAACAGGACAUCUUUGGGUGAGUUAUUCAAGAAGCAUAAGGCGGAGGAGAUUGCGGAGAAUAAGUGUAAACGAGGAGAGAAGAGGGGAGACAAAGAUGGGGAUAAGAUCGUCUCUAUGAAUCUAAUGAAAAAGCUACUCAUGAAGAAGAAAUCUUCGACUACUCGAGGAAUUACUGAAACUGGUAGUGUUGAGACAAAAUUGUGCAAGAUCCUUCAGAAAUUUUACAAGAAAGUGCAUCCAGAAGAGUUAUUCCCCGCAGAGAAGUCUGACAAAAUGCACAAGAUUGGGACUGGGAUCAAGGAGAUAAUAACUUGCAAUGGAGGCUACUGCAAGGAUGAUCAUGGAUUUUCAAAUGGGAACACAGGCAGAAACGGUUAUAUGCUGUGCAGAAAGAGCACCUCUAAUCCAGCUCAGUUCACAGAUCAUCAGGAUGAGGGUGAUUCAAAUGGAAGCAGGGAGUGCUGGAUCAAUACUGAUGAAAAUUACCUUGUUUUAGAGCUCUAGAAAGGAAGUGCAAGGAUACAGCUACAGUAAAUCCGUCAUGAUUCAUGAAGAACAAUAAUGAUGAUACAUCAUAUGUGUAUAAGUCUCAGUAUUUAUGUAAAGAUUUCCCUAUUAUAUUUGUCAAAUAUAUUAAGUGGUUUGAGUAUGAAGAUAUAUAAUAACAGGAACUCUGGUUUGAAACUAUGAAUCAUCCAUAAGUCUGUAAUAUAUAUUACAGUUGUAUUGUUACUUUGUACCAAUUUGUGAUAUACAUUUUUCUUCAAAUUAUUAGAAAUAAACUAUACUUUCAUUUCUCAAAA